CUCCCGCCGCACCGCCUCCACUUCCGGCCACGCCUCUUCCCCCCGCCCUUUCCGCCUCUUUCAUUCGGGGCGAGGAGCCGGCGGCGCGCGCCGCUCCUGAUUGGUCCCGCGGCGGCGAACCGGGCGGGCGCUGAUUGGCUGCUUGGCGGGGGCGGGGCUGCGGCGAUGCCGAAGCGGAGUCGGAAGGAGGCGGCGGAGGGAGAGGAGGAGGGUUCCCGCCCGGCCAAGGGGGGGCGUGGCCAGGCCGAGGGGGUGGAGCCGGAGCUGCUGUACGAGGACCCGCCCCUCCGCGAGGUCACGCCCGGAGGUCAAAGGUGGAAUUUCAAGGUCACGUCCUGGAACGUGGACGGGCUGAGGGCCUGGGUGCGCAAGGGGGCGCUGCAGUGGGUGCAGGAGGACGCCGCGGACGUGCUGCUGCUGCAGGAGACCAAGUGCGGGGCGGCGCAGGUGCCCCCCGAGGUGCGGGCGCUGCCGCAGUUCCCGCAGCAGUUCUGGGCCAGCGCGGGCCGGGCCGGCUACAGCGGCGUGGGGCUGCUGGCCCGGGAGAGGCCGCUGCACGUCAGCUACGGCAUCGGUGAGAGCACAGCCCGUGACCCCGUGACCUAUUGACCCACUGACCCAUUGACCCAUUGACCCCAUU